AGCAGUUCCUGUAUUGGAGUUCGCAGUUGCAGACGACAAGUUGAAGUUACAAGAUGACCUUUAAUGCAUUUAACGAUUAUUUGGGCUUACCAAUGCUGAGAAGUAUGACACCAGAUGAGGUGGGCCAAGAAGAGUCGCCCAUACCCGAGUUUGACUCCCGAAGUAACCAAAAUAGCUUCUGUUUUCAAGGACAAAGUCGACCUUUGCUUGGGCGACGAAUAGCGAAUGAGAAAACAGACGUCAACUGCCAGUUUGUCACAAAUCGUAUCGCCCUUGCUUCCAUCAGAGAUCACAACAGUCUGGAUUUUCAAAGGAACAACCCCCUGCCAUAUCCUGUAACUCGUACACCAGGUUCCCGCCUCCAGAAUCGUGGUUUGUUGUUUUCAAAUCUGAGAGAAGCGCCAAAUGGACUCCAAAUCAACCAUGGGUCCGGUGGAAUUCCAAUUACCAACCGGGAUAGUGAUAGAAGGGCAAGAGCCAACAACAGUGGUUCCCGUGAUCAACCAUUACUCUAUAGCACCGGUUUCUAUGGACCAGAUGUUAUGGACACCAGUCGAAAUGACAACGAGCUUGACGAGCUAGCUAGCAACAUGUCAAUCAGCCCACCCACUGGAUCUCAACAUGGGUACCGACAAUAUUCCACUGGCAUGAACGGCAAUAAGGAUUGGUUGAAUCAGUAUGUGCUUCUCAUGAGGCAGCUUCAGAUAGAGAACAUCUUUCCAAACCUGCAGGGACGUGGAGAAAGAUACUGCAGAAACAGGCUUUCCGAGGAGGGCAUCUUUUGUGCUUUCUGCAAGAACAACAAGGAGCGAAAGGAGUUCUAUACAACCCAUAUUGUGAAGGACAGCUGGGGGAAGGUGAUCUGUCCCAUUCUGAGGAAGUACACAUGCACUGUGUGUGGCGCUACAGGGGACUAUGCACACACACUGAGACAUUGUCCUGUCCGCGCUAGAAUGGACCUGCAAUGAGGGGUUGUCUAGGCCAUGUAAGAUUGGGGAUGCGGUCAACCGGGACUGACUGACGAAGAUUGAACAUAAAUAUUCACAUCAUCUGUAGAUUCUCUUCUAUGUGAACAGUUGUUGAUGUCUUAGACCUCUAGUAAUUUUAUUCAAUUCUUCUCUGUGUUUUUAAUUGGUUUUAAGGAGUUUAAAAAAAAAGAAGAAAAAAGCUAUAUACAUGUA